AUGGCCACCACAAUCCCAACCCAAACCCCAUCCUCCUCGAGAAAACCUCAAAUCAGCGUAAUUGGCUCCCUAAACAUCGACUUCGUAACAGCAACCCCGCGCUGCCCAGGACCAGGCGAAACUCUCACAGCAACCUCCCUCACGGUCUCAGCAGGCGGCAAAGGCGGAAACCAAGCCGUAGCCUGCGGUCGCUCCUCCUUCACAUCGCAAACAACCCAAGAUGUCUCCAUCAACAUGAUCGGUGCCGUCGGCGCCGAAGACCCAUACUACACGACCCUCCUACAACCGGCACUCGAGAAAUCCGGCGUCGACACAACAUCCGUCGAACAAUCGACCGUCGCGCAGACGGGCUCGGCAACCAUAAUUGUGGAAGAAGCUAUCGGCGGCGAGAACAGGAUACUCGUCGUCCCAGGCGCCAACCAUUCUGGAAUUCUCAGUGAUGUCGGAAAAAUCCUCGCUGCGCUACCGAGUCACAGGUCUACUCCCGACGUCGUCGUGCUGCAGGGCGAGAUCCCGCGCUCCACGACACUGGGCUUGCUGGAGUACUUCAAUGACGUUUCUGCCGAGGACCGUGCGAAAGUGGUUUUCAAUCCCGCGCCCGUGUUUCCGGAGGGGAUUCCGCUCUCCGCGCUGCGCGGGACUGCUGUGCUGAUCAUGAAUGAGACGGAGGUUGUCCAGAUGGCGCGGUCGAUUGACGGUCUUCCUGUUGGGGAUGUUGUUGAGGGGGAUGAUUUACGGCCUGAGGAGUUUGCGCCGCGGUUCCAUGAGCGUGCGGGCGUUGAGAUUGUUCUUAUUACACUGGGCGCGAAGGGUGUUUAUUUCUCGACCAAGACGGGUCGCGCUGGUAUUGUUGCUGGGAUUAAGGUUGCCAAGGUUGUUGAUACUACUGCGGCGGGGGAUACAUUUGUUGGGUACUUCGCGACUGCUGUAGCGCGUUUCUUGGCCUCGGGACGGGGCCUGGUGGCGUUUGAUGAUGAGAUUGAGCGGGCGGUUUCGAAGGCGAAUGCUGCUUCUGCUCUGUGUGUUCAGCGGCGAGGGGCUAUGCAGAGUAUUCCUUUUGCAUAUGAUAUAGAAUGA